AUGGCAAUCAAUAAUAUAUUUCCCUCCAUCUGCACUACUAUCCAUCAUCUCAAAGCCAAGUAUCACAGUCAUGCCCAAGCUAACAGAUUCACACUCCUCUUAAAAGAACUCAAAGCGGCACAACAUACCAACAUCCAAUCCGACUGGAUUUCCGAACAUCGCCAGGAGACAAGAAGGGCUAACAGUAUCAUCCAACAAGAAACCCACAUCGGUACGACAUAUCACCAUUAUGAAAUCCAAGUUCAGCAUGAAAGCCCACCCGAACCUUCCACCUUGAAGAAGCUUCAGAAAUGCGAUAUGGAGCUGAAGCUACUCAACAUUGAAUACUUCCAACACCUAGAACGAAUGACCGAACUCAUGAAGCGCAAGCCACCCGGACGCCUCAUCUGCGACACAAACCCAAACAGCUCUGGAAUAUCGAACGGACAUACUGCCGACUUCGUGGCGGGUGCUGCGCUCGUGACUGUGGUUGCUGUGAACGAUCCUGGCACACCAUUCGGGACCCUUCCGGAAAAAUUCGAUAUAUGCACUGCACGGGAAGUUGUAGAUGCUGCACCCGCCAUCGCGGUUACUCUUCCUCAAGUGUGGUAG